UUUUUUCUCUCCAUUUCUUCUCAUUCCAGCUUGUUAUAAAACCCUCCGGUCCUUCAUGGUUUGGAAGUAAACUGGUGUCUUUCAACGAACCCAAUGUGGAAGAAUUAGUGGAAACAGCAGUUUCAGUUUACCAUAGACUAGAAGAAGGUGAUGCAGUGAUUUUAGAAGAAUGCAUUAACAACUUACCUGUCACUGAAGAUUACAACUUUCGUGUCAGAACAACAGUGUGUCGGACAUCAGAUGACCUUCCACACACGUCAAAGAUUGUCUGUGGCGUUGGCAAGUCGAGUAAGCCAAUCAACGGAGACAACACUGUCCCACAGUCAUUGGAAUCAUCUCUCAAAACUUGGCAUGUCUCAGAAGAAAAUAUAAAAGACAUCAAGAACAAGUUAAUCAGCAUGUCCGAACGAACUCUGAAAGCUAUCAUGUCCUUUGACUAUUCACUUAACGAAGAUGAACGCGGUGGAAUUGGUGCUCAGACAGAUAUAAUUGGACUUGACUUUUUAGUGCGGAAAAAUCAGUCAAAAUUCGAACCCGUGUUAAUUGAAGUAAAUGGACACGAUUGCAUGAUAAACUGCCAAAUUAACGAAUUCAUCAACAAAGAUAAAAUUGGAGAAGCUGCCAAAGAACUGGUGAAUACCAUGAUUUCAAGAUCCGAACGUUUUCUGGUGAAAGGUAAAACUGUGCUUUUCGUCGGUGAUGGAUCGUACGGAAAACGGUUUACUUUGAAGGAUACCAGAGACUACGGAAUUAAGAUUGUGUUGGUAAAUACAGAGAAACCUCAAAACUUGAGUCAAGAUAUCACUUUCAUACCACAUGAUUUGACUGACUUGAAACGGACAUAUAAAAAUGCCACUGAAAUUAUUGCCAAGCUUCAAGCUAGAGGUAUAACAAUUGACGGCUGUAUUACUUUCUGGGAUGAAAAUAUUCGUCUUGCAGCAGCGAUAUGCGAAAUUUUGAACCUAGCAGGAUCAAAUUAUAAAGCAUGCACCAUUGCAAAAAACAAAUACCUUACUUUUAAAUGGCUACAGAAGCGAAAGGGAGAUAUUCCUCAUUGGCCACGUACGUUUUUGUACUCUUCAAACGUUUAUGAAAUUAACACACAGUCAGAUAUCUCCAAAAUCUUCCAAAACAACAAGCCUUCCUUACCGUUGGUAUUAAAAUUGGAAUAUGGCUCGAGUGCAGUUGGGGUCAAACUUGUACAAAACGAAGAAGAGUGCCAACAGUAUUAUCAGCAGUUAUCGGACUUAGAAAUGUCUGGUGUUGGUUUAUGUCUAGGUCGAUCUUUUAUAUUGAUGGAUUACUUACAAGGCACGGAACAUGAUGUGGAUAUCAUAAUAUAUAAGCGUAAAUUAAUUGCAGCUUUUGUGUCGGAUAACGGUCCAACCAGGUUACCAAAUUUCACAGAAACGGCAGCUCUUUUGCCUUCAAUUCUUUCAGAUGAAAAGCAAAACCAACUGAUCGUUGCUGCUUACCAAUGUUGUCUUGAAAUCGGUUUAGAAAGCGGUGUUUUUAACGUGGAAAUGAUUAUGUCAGUGACGGGACCAAAACUUUGUGAGAUUAAUGCUCGAAUGGGCGGCAUCUAUCUCAGAGAUUGGAUCAAGUUCUGUUAUGGCGUUGAUAUUAUGUUUUGUGCCUUAUUAAUAUCUCUGGGUAUCGAACCACAUGUAAAAUGUAAAUAUAGUCAAACGUGUUUAGCGGGGAUUAUGUGUUUGGUUUCAGAGCAUGCUCAUAUUUUCAAAGACAAGCAAAAUAUGAAUUUAAUUCUAGCCAAACACGAAUCCAAGAAAAUACGAUACAAUCAAUUUCUUGAAAAGCCUCUUUCAGAAGAUAAAGAAGAAGAACCUUUUUCAAGUAUAGCUGUAAUUGAACCCGAUCCAAUAACUGCUAAAAAGUCGUUGAUAAAACUCUCAGAGGAACUUGGUAUUAAAACCGAUUCGUACAAUGUUGAACAAUUCCUUGAAUUCAUUCCAAAUAAGACACAAGAGUAGGGUAAAGUCUGGGAGUUAUUAUUUUUUUUAAGUGUGUGUGUCUGUAUAUAUGUAUUGGGUAGAUAUGGAAAGUUGAUACAUCUUUAAUUUCUUUUCCAAAGGGAGUGGUUGUUUUUUAGCCCCUAGUCAGCAUUGAUCCAAGCCAUGGCGAUCUCAUCCUUUCUAUAUCCAUCUUGUCACAUGGAUCUCCUCGACCGGGUUCAGAAGAGAGUCUGUAAUUUGAUUGAUCCCCUGUCACAGUGACGUGACAUCGUCAGUCUUAAUCGUUUCUAUCGUAACUACUACAGGAAGUGCUCGUACAAACUUUCUUUCUUACUUCUAGAUCACUUUGAGCCAUCUCACUAGACUCGAAACUCACAGCGUUUUCUAACACUGAGUGGCUUUUCGACUCGUUUGGGAUUUUUUAAAGAUAAAAUAAAAAGAAAGUAUACCCCUGAUUACAGGAGAGAGAGAGAGAGAGAGAGAGAGAGAGUGUAGGACAGUAUAUCCCUUUUUUAUAUAUAAACGAACUCUUUUUUUUUUAUAAAUGAGUUUUUUUUCACCAACCCCUGGCCUAUUUACUCAAUACAAUGAUUUUAUUAAUCAACAACAAACUCUUUCUCCCAAUGUAAUCUCUCAAGUGAUAAGUUGAAAUAACUGAGUGUUAUAUAUAGCUGAGAAAUUAUACAUUUUGGACGGCAGACCCCCACCUCCCAUCUCUAUUUUUGUAGGUUCCCAACAUUCCGUCGUAGAGGAAGCGCUGUAGUUGGGAGUGGUUUGAAGGAAAUUUGACACUGCUAUUUCUAGCAUGUAGGUUUUGUGGCCACAUAAAGGCGACCUAAUUGCCACAGAUUUUAGAGACAGCACGAUGUCAAGCAAUUCUAAUAAUAAAAUGAAAGUGUGUCGCUCACACAAAAGACAACAUUAUUUGCACGGCAACGUUCUCUAUUAAUACACAAUUGCAUUAAUUUGUCUGCCAAUUGGGCCCAAAGUCAAUAUUUAAUGUAGAUAAAUGAACUUAACCCGCUCUUGUGGAUACACAUUUUAUGGAAGGGGAAUAGUUAAUUAUAGUGACCCUAGUAUAUUACUGGUACUUAUUUUAUCGCUUUGCGAUUGUACCAAAGGUUAAGUCGACCUCGUCGAGAUUUGAACGCAGAAUGUGCAGUGAUGAGAUAGUUAAAUACCAAGAGAUGUUUUAUCCGAUACUCUUGUGACUGUUUCAAAAUGCACAGAUGUCUAAUGAUUUGGAAUCCUUUGAAACCAACACAUGCUGGCUUUGGGAAUAUUCCAUAUUUAGAUGACAAGUUUUUCUUAUUCAGAAAGAAAAUUCAUUAAUAGUACAUGUAGUACAUUUAAACAGUAAAAAUAAACAUUAGCAGCAUGAUUCAUGGGAUUCUAGUUUAUAUUUCUGAACUUUUGGAGGGAAAAUAUGUAUUAACGACAAUGUAUGACAGCGAGUACAAAAAAGAAAAAAAAAAAGGGAAAAAAAAAUUAAUUAAGGUUGUUUUGGAGAGAGGGCGAGUGAAAAUUAUUAAUGUUGUUAGUCUGGUAUUUUCUAAUUUAACUAAGUGAAUUUCCAGAUUUGUUAGGUUACAUUGUAUAUUAUUAAUACUUUAUGUAUGGUCACCGAAAGUCGCAAAAAAAAAAAAAAAAAGGCGAAGUUAGAUUUAGUCUGAGAUUUGAACGCAAGAUGUAGAAAUAUGAAAGUGAAUUCUAUAUGUCACUGAAUCGAAUCCUCUAUUUUACCAGAUGGAUGUCGCUUCUCGAAUUCUUAAAAAAUACCUAUAAACUUUUCUUUGACUUGCAUGCUUUAAGAAUAUUUGAAGGUAGACCGAAUUGAUGAAUAUUAAAAGUCAUUAGCUGGUAGCAGACACAAAUUCUUCAGCAACGCAAUUCCUAUAAAUGAAAAUAAUUUCAUUUCGAUUAAGUACAAGGGCAAUUUUCGUAGAAUAUAGUAAAAUUAUAUACAAACAAUUCCAAUGUAUUCGGAGCCAUUAUUUUUUACCAAUCGAACUGACAGAAUCGUUAGCUUUGAGUGGAAUUUCUUCCGACUCUUUACGUUUUUGAGUUCAAAUUCUGCUGAAGUCGAGUUUGCCUUUUAUCCUUUCGGGUCAACUUUAUUGAUUUCCCCCUUUUUUUAAAUGUGCUAGUCUUGUGCCAAACUUUGAAUCCUUGAUUUUACUAACCCUAGGAAAGAUGAAAAACAAAUUCGGCUUCAGUAAGAUUUGAAUGCACAAUGCAAUGUCCCUAACUUGAUGGUAUACUUCGAAUAUGCGAGACAUAUUUGGUUUCAGGCUGAAGCACAUUGUUUCACUUACCUGCCAUUUUUAAUAACCCGUAAAGGGAUGUGCCACGCCCGAACAAUCCGCUUUCAACCCAUAACAUGUAAAGGAACUCUUCAAUCGAUUAAUACAGUGGAGAAGUAAUAAUGAUAGAAUGUUUAUUCCCAUUUGUAAACAACAGAGAGAAAACAAGAAACUAGCCCAAGACAUCGCGACGGCAGUUUCCUGUAGAAAUUAAAAUGAAACAGUAGGAUGUGUUUACAUGUCUUCAAAAAUGGGACAAACGAAUAAAUAAAGAAUCGAUAAAAGAAGUAGUUUUUUUUUUUUUUUUAAAGAUUAUAUAUUUUUUUAAAUGAGAUAUAAACUGAAGAAUUUAUCUGUUUUGCAACUAUUACGUAUAUAUUUUUAUAUUAUUUUGGAUAAUAAAACCAUUUACUAUAUCAA